GUUGCCUUCUUCGUAAAAGCUCUUUUCUAUAACUACGUCUACCUUCUUCAGGAAUGCAAGCUGCUUUGUUGGUGAUCCUCAUAGGUGUUUGGAUCGUUAGCGCCGUGUAUGAUCCAGUGUUCGUUGAUGAGCUCAGAUCUUUGGUGAAACACAAAAGCGACAGAAAUUUGCUAAAGGCUCUCAGAGAUAAUGGUCAUCUGAACCGCACUACGAAGGAAGAAAUUCUCAAGGUGAUUCUUAAAAUACAAAACGAGGAAACAAAGGGAGCUUAUGCAACUGCAGUGGAAAGGACAAAGCAACGGCGUAAAGCACAGUAUGAUAAAGUACUAUCGAAGGCUGGAGCAAAUCAAGCAGUGAAGGACUUUUUGGAACAAGCUGAAAAGAUCGAGAAUGACAUGACUAUCACAGAUGACGAUGCAAGAAAGAAGGUGAAUAAAUUGAAAAGAAAGCUGACCCGAAAGCAGCGCAAACUUGUGGAACGACUGCAGUAAUUUACAUGGUUUUUCUCAGAAAGCUGACGGUAACCGGAAGUUUGUGGUACAACGAUUUAUCGCAUAUAGUAAACAUACAAAGCAGUUGACCCGUCU